GCUUACUUUAUCAUAUUGUAUUAUAAUCAUUGUCAUAAAAAUGAGUUCUGUUAAAAAGUUAUUGUUGAUUAUAACUAUGUUUCAUUGCCUGUACAUGAGUGAUGGUCGUCAAUUUAGAGUCACUGAUCAAGUUUUCUUUGAGAUCCAUAGAGAAGAUCAUACUCUUGGAAGAAUUGUUAUUGGCCUCUUUGGUGAUCUAGCUCCGAAGGCUGUCAAAAACUUUAAGGUCCUCGCUACAAAAGGAAUUAAUGGCAAAUCUUAUAAAGGCACUCGUUUUAAUAGGAUUAUCAAGAGGUUUAUGGUACAAGGUGGUGAUAUUGUGUCUGAUGAUGGAACUGGAUCCAUAAGCAUCUAUGGGGAGACAUUUGAAGACGAAAACCUAGACACUCAGCACAGUAUGGCUGGAUUUGUGUCUAUGGCUAACAAAGGGAGAGAUACAAACGGAUGUCAAUUUAUAAUAACUACCACUGGCACACCUUGGCUGGAUAACUUGCAUACAGUAGUUGGAAAAGUAAUAGAAGGCCAAAACAUUAUUCACAUGGUGGAGCACACUCCCACUGACGGGGAAGAUCGGCCGCUGGCACGUGUCUUCAUUGCCGAUUGCGGAAUUGUGUUUACCCCACAGCCAUUCUACAUUUCCGAUGACCCAUAUGAUCUUUGGUCAUGGAUCAAGGCAUCUGCGGUUCCUCUCACUAUGUCCUUCUCGAUCCUUGGCUUCUUCCAAUGGAUGAUGACGAAGAUGGAAAUAUAAAUGUAAUUAGAAUUUUAUAUAAUAACUACGAAAAUACUACAUUUAAUACCACAAACAUAUUUGGUAUUAAAUGUAGUAGUUUUAACAUAUAUUUCAUAUAUUUAUGUUUCACUGAUUCAUUUUAAGCUCACUCGGGUUAUGGUAAAUUUUUAUUGAAAAUGCCAAAAUUCCUAAAUAACUCAAUUUUUGACAUUACGACGUGAUCGCAUAAUUUUUCGCACGAUCAUCAUUUCAUUUUGUCAUUGUUCAACAUCUUGUGGCACUAGUGGAAAUCUUAUCGUGGAGUAUCGCGUGACUAUAUUUACCGGCCAUUAUUUUACACUAUCAUACAAUAUGUUACUUGGAAUAUGAAUUGAAAAAAUAUUGUUUCGUUGCGAUAAUACCGGCCGGUAUUUCGCACCUGCUUAUAAAACCGCAAACAAAAUGUAACAACUACAAAAAUACCGUUAUAACAUUGCGGAAGUUACGACCAGUAUUUCGCACCUGGGUGGGAGCGAUUUAAAAUGGAACCUUGAAACCCUUUAAAUGUAACAGGAAAUACCAAAUUCAUAUUUACAUUUUGAUAUAGUUCUGUUUUAUAAUUUUAAGGUUUGCAUUUUGUUUCUUCAUAAUUCUUCAUAACUGGUAUACUAGCAAAUUUUGGAUGUGGGUAAUUUUCAGAUUAGUUUUCUCUACAUAAUUUUGGUGGCAAUUUUCAUUAUUCAAGUAAGUAUUCGAGUAAAUUAUCGU